AUGGUGUUUAUGCUCCGUUGCCAAUCAACAGGUUGUGGUCCCUUACCCAAUGUGAGUGCUGGUACCGGCGAGUGGGCGUGUCCUAAGGGGGUAUCGGUGUCCUCAGUGCCAGUGUAUGUGUCCUGUCUAUUUCAAUGUUUCAAUGGUGCUACCGUCAAAAUCAGAUGUACUGAAAAACUAAAGUGGAACAACACUUUACAGUCUGGUGUCUGUUCUUCACUUGCUCUGAGAGUUGAGAACAUUGAUUCACCAUCGAAAAAUUUGCACUUGGAAAUAAUAGUGCCAAUAGCGUGUCUCCUCCUUAUAUUUUUCACUCUCCUCAUUGUGCAACGACGUUUGUACAAGAAAUGCCCAAAUCUGAUGAAAAGAAUAUGUGACUCUCCAGAUACAGACGAUGCUUUAAAUGAUACUGAACUGCCUGUUGUUCUGGGGUGCGAGAUAGAACCUGGAAGUCAAAAGUGUCCGGAAACAAACCAGAUAGCAAACAGAACCCAUGAUGUCCAACUCCAGAAAGAUGCCUCGGAUCAAAAUGAUCUAAAUUCAAACCCUCACAGGACUUAA